GUGUGUUUGUGCUUGAGCGUGGAAAAGCUCUGAGUGCCCACGCCGCCUUGAUUUACACGCGAUUCCUCAGCGCCUCCUCUCGCGAACGUCUGAGGUGCAACAAGUUUUGCGGCGGUGAACGUGAACGCCUCGUGACCGUCAACCCGCGCCGUGAUUCGGAUGGAGCGUGGAGCGUCCACGGGGAACAUGGACGAGAAAGUGACCCCUCGGCGUCGAGCCGCCAGCGUCAUCCCGUCGCUGUGCUCGGUGGCGUCCAUCGCCUUCUGCGUGGUGCUCAGCAUCCACGCAGCAGACGUCAGGCGCCGGCUGGCGGGUUUGGAGCGCGGCGCGGACGCGUCGACGCGCGCCCCCGCCGACGAUUUGGAUGCGUUGGUUGCGCAAAAAGUCAACGAGAUGCUCUCCCAGCGUUCUUAUGAGCAAUUCGUCAAGAUCCGGAGCGCCCGGCAAGCGUCACCUGAAUGCAACUGUCCUCCAGGACCUCCAGGGAAACGAGGAAGGCGAGGCCGUAAUGGAGAACCCGGACCUCCUGGCCCUCCAGGUCCAAGGGGUGAAAAGGGGGAUCAAGGCGACCAGGGACCACGGGGAUUGCCCGGUCUCCCCACGCUAGCCGCUUUGCACAGCAAUCAGAUCCUGACCGUCAAGAUGGUCUUCCCUAAGAUCAAUCAUGGCUUUCUUUCUGCUGACCAGCAGCUCAUAAAGCGACGUCUCAUUAAGGGGGACCAGGGGCAAGCAGGACCACCUGGACCUCCAGGGCCCCCGGGUCCUCCAGGCCCACGGGGGCCCCCAGGGGACACUGGCAAAGACGGACCAAGGGGCGUACCAGGCGCACCGGGUGAUCCAGGGAACCCAGGAGACAUCGGACCGAUGGGACCAGAGGGGCCUCCAGGACUCAAGGGUUCUUUGGGGCCGCCUGGCAUUCCAGGUGUUGAUGGACUGAAGGGGGAUCUUGGCAUCCCGGGACUGGACGGCAUCCCAGGAGCCAAGGGUGAAAUGGGAGAGCGAGGUGAAAAGGGCGAUAUGGGGGAAGAAGGACCAAAAGGUGAAAUUGGGGAAAAGGGGGAUGCAGGCUCCUCAGCGGCAGGCAUCAAGGGCGAACCCGGCGAGCCGGGAAGAAGCGGACACAAGGGAGAGCCGGGACUUCCAGGGCUGCCUGGACUGCCAGGGAUUAAGGGUGAGCCAGGAUUCCUCGGUCCUCAGGGAGAGCCAGGCCUCCCAGGCCUUCCAGGUACUAAGGGCGAGAGGGGUGAGCACGGACCGCCCGGGAAAGGCGAACGAGGCGAUUUGGGACCCGUCGGCCCAAAGGGCGCGCAAGGAGAGGCGGGCACACCUGGUACCAAAGGCUCAAAGGGCGAAAAUGGCGAUAAAGGAGACUUUGGGCCCGAGGGGCCAAAGGGCCCACCUGGGCAAAAAGGAGACCAGGGCGCCACGGAAAUUAUCGACUACAACGGGAAUAUUCAGGAAGCGCUGCAGAAGAUUACCACUCUUACAGUGACGGGCCCGCCGGGUCCUCCCGGGCCCGUAGGACCCCACGGUAUGAAGGGCGACCGCGGCAUGCCUGGCCUCCCGGGACUUGACGGAGAACGUGGCUACAAGGGUUCCAAGGGAGAUAUGGGAAUGCCCGGAGCAUCGGGGGAUAAAGGAGCAACCGGUUUACCCGGCUUACCAGGUGUCAACGGGGUGAAAGGGGACAAAGGAGAUUCGGGUCUGCCGGGUCCCCAAGGUUCCUCGAUUAUUGGCCCUCCAGGGGCAUCGGGACCUCACGGGCCUCCGGGACCCAUGGGACCCCAUGGUUUCUCCGGACCAAAGGGUGAACCCGGUUUGCACGGUACAAAGGGGUCACGUGGAGAACCAGGCCACAAGGGGGACAGAGGACCUUUAGGGCUCCCUGGAGCCUCCGGCUUGGACGGCAAGCCCGGGAUUAGGGGUACCGACGGGCCUUUGGGUCCAGCUGGUCCGGCCGGCCCGAAGGGGGACAGGGGCGAGCGAGGGGCGACGGGGGACCCGGGACCGAGGGGGCCCUACGGAUUACCAGGAGCAGCAGGAACACCAGGCUUGGAUGGGUUGCCCGGGUUGAGAGGCGAGAAAGGCGACCUUGGGGAAAGAGGAGAGAAGGGAGAGAAGGGAAAGAAGGGCAAAAAAGGGCCUAAGGGCGAGAAAGGAGAACAGGGUGCCCCUGGAUUAGAUGCACCCUGCCCAUUGGGUCCGGACGGCUUACCGAUGCCCGGCUGCUGGCAGAAGGGAGUCACGCCGUGGCUGGUCGCCUGAAAAGUCCCCAAAGCGAAAGGUGUUUGUUGCUUUAAUGCGUGCGUCCGCCGUGCCUGCAAGAGGCGUCGAUGGGCGCCGCACCUCCCCUCCCCGCCCUGCCGGGUCUGGGGAGCCCGCACCUCUUUCGGCUGCACUGAUAACAAUCCACAAAGGGUUUUAGUUGAGACGGGUCCCCCACUUUUAAGCCGGGGACGGUCUCGGCGGAGACGGUUGAGGAUCUACUGAGAGUUGAUGGAAUGCAGUCAUGGUUUUUGGUUUUAUUUUAUUGAAAUUCAGUUUUUGGUUGGUCUUGCCAAAGCUCCAAGCAACCUGACAUGUUGCGUCGUCAGUUUGGUUGCCUGUUGGAAAAAAAACAAAAAACAGACAUGAGUAUUCCCGAUCUCAAUUUGUGUGUUUGACUGUUUGUCCCGCGGCUCUCCUUACCCACGUGACUUUCUUGGUGUACAUUACAGAUAAAAUUUUUGGCGAAAAGGCCAAAAAAAAAAAAAAACGCUGUCAACAAAGAUAACAGGAUGAGGGCGCUUUGGCAACGUGACGCUCCGAUGACGUUUUGUUUUUUCUUGUUUUCUAUUUGGUGUAUGAUAGCCUUUGGUGCCUGGAGCUGUUAUUCAUUCCUUUAUCACAAACCUGAUAAGCAUCUUUUCAUUUAUUGUUGAUUGGAGAGGAUUUAAUGUAGUGAAAUGUGUCGGGGUUUUUUUUUCUUCACAAUUGUUCAGCUUUAAGUAGGUGCAAACAACAAACACACAGAUGGCGUCAGUUCGCUGCAUGAACACUCGCGUUAUAUCGCGAGAAGUCCUAAACGGAACACCCACGAGACCAUUUUAGUGCAUUUUGUUUCUUGAGUCGCUGCUAUGCCAGCUUUUUUUUUCUUUUUUUUUCUUCCCAAAUAUUCACCAAUUUCUUUGUUGUCGGGUCGUUUAUGUAUGACGCGAUUUCUUUGCAUAUAUGAUGUAUUUGUAUUUGAUGACAUAAUUUAUUUUUCUAUGAUUUCUUGGAUUGCUUGGGUUUUCCAAGCAACAUUCCCGUACGUGUCUCACUCGGGCGUCGCCAUGACGACACAUCUGCUUUUGUAUCGGUGACCUGAAUGUUGUUGGGCCCAGCUAUUGCGAUACGUUUUGCUUUUCUUCCCUCACUUGUUUGCAUUGAAUGUAGUUUGGUCUCUAAAUCUCUCUAUAUCUAUAUAUAUAUAUGUGUGUGUGUGUACUUGUAUUCUGUAUAGCUGAUGAGUUCAUGUACUGUUGAGAUGUGCUCAUUUGACAAAAAGUGCAAUUUUAUGAUCACCUCGUGUGUGUGCGUGCGUGUGUGUAUGUGUGUCAUGCAACAUGAGUGAUUUCUGCGGCCCCCGUUUCAAAUAUACCACUUGGAGAGGAUAACAAAUAAUAAUAAUAACCAGACUUCAGAUUUUAAAUUCAAACAUUGACCCUUCCUCUAGUUUUUUUUUCUGCAGAUGAUUUGGUGUUUGUCCUCACAUGGUGCUGUGUUUUUAGCGUGUGCAGCUAUUUUUUUUUAAACGAGUUUUAGGUUUUGAUUGUGUUUUUUUAAUGUGCACAAGUGCCAAAGUAAUCCAAUCCAAUAUUUUGCCAUUCAAAAAUCUACAAAAGACUCUGAAAUGCUACAUGUGGUUUUGGAACAAAGCGCAAACAGUUGUGUGAGUUGAAAUAUAGCUAUUUGUAUUAUUUGGGAUUGUGUUCUGUGUUUCUGUUCUGAAUUUGUACUAUUUUUAUUUUGUUUUUUUUUUACCCAUUUAAUUGACAUUUCUUUGAAGAAAAAUCAUGCUCAUGUGACUGUACUGUUGGAGCCAAAUAAAUGCAGUCUUUCAAUUGCAUCA